AUGACCAUGAACCACGUGACCAAGCAAGCCUCCAGGUUUGCAAAUCUGAUGCUCUACCACCGAGGAUCUAAAAAGAGGAUGCAGAAGAAGAUGAGGGAGCCUUGUUUUCCCUUCCUGGGAGAAUAUCUUAAAGAUCUCAAGGUGAUGGACACCAGGAUGGAGGAUGAUCUGGAGGAGCUAUUCAAGAAGGUGCUGCCCCACCAGUGCCUGGGCUCCGUCUGGUCCCAGAGGAGGAAGCCUGGCAAGGAGCACGUGGCCUCCACUGUCAGUGCCACCGUCAGACAGUUCAAUCAUGUGGCCACCUGUGUGAUCACCACCUGCCUUGGGGACCCAAGCAUGAUGGCCCAGGACAGGGCCAAAGUGGUGGAGCACUGGAUUAAGGUGGCCAAGAGCUCCAACAAGGACAGUGUCGAGCAGCUGGCUGACAGGUUCACUUUUGCCCUCAAUGGGUACAAAGGACAAGUGCGUCAGGACAGGAAAACCGUCCAGUGCCAAACUGAGACCUCUAAGGAGGAUAUCAUCGAGGUGGUGGCCCAUGGGCCCGACUACACCACCUACCAGGUCAGGGUGCAGGUGAACCAGGCCGAUGACACCAUCCAGUGUCUGUCUGAGAGCUCCAACCGGCACAUCACUGAAGGGCUGGUUAACGGGUUCAACUACUCAACCUCCCUCGAUCCGGGAAAGGUGCAUCAGGCCACAGACACCAUCCAGGGCCAGACUCAGUGUGCAGCUGAGCGAACUGGUAACCUGCAUGAGUCCUGCAGGAUGCACGCCCUCCAGGAAGGCACCUCGGAGAAGGUGGCCAUGGCCAUGGUACCAGCUUUCCUGGGGGGAAUCAUCCCCCACGUCUCCACGCUGGCCUGCUCCAGAGCCCAACGGUUCCUGGACGAGCUUCUAACUAGGGCCUUUGCUGCGAUGGUGGGGACCUGGCUGGACCAGGUCCAGGGUUUGGGGCAGCCCCUUCCUUUUGCCUGGUUUGAGGUAGAGCAGGCCUUGGUGCCCGUCAACUCCCCUGCCUCACACCUGGUGGGCCACGCCCAAAACCUUUGGGUUGAGCUAGAGCAUCUGAAGCCCACUGAGGCAACUCAGGAAGGUCCACGCCCAGAGCUCCAGAGAUCUCCAGAGCCAGAGGAAGGGCCUGCUCAGGGGCCAGAGCCUGGCCUCACAGGGGCCUGGCCUGGCCUGAGGCAGUACCUGAAGCCAUUAUGGAGCCAGUUGCUGUCUGCACUGGAAGCCUUCUCUUUCUUUGUUCUAAGAGUUCUAGGCAAUUACCUCAAAUAA